AUCACACACACAUACACACCCAUCGACUCGACGUCAACGUCUGCACGCGUGACGACGACGGCGACGACCACAAAUCACGCAACGACGACCGCGACGACCCCCCUCCACGACGCGUGCAACCACCCACCUCCCCACCUCCCCAUCCCACUUGCUUGGCAAGGACACGAAACACGCUCCACCUUCCCAAACUGCACAUUGUUGGGCUCUGGAAGCAGACCACUCGACCAAACUGUUUACGACACGUUAAGGAUCAUCCUUUCUCUGUUUGGCCUAGCUCGCCUUCCCGACACCACCUCACUUCUCCCUCUCCCCAACGCAUAGGACACCGCCAUGGCGGCUGCAGUCCACAUUGCGCCGCAGAUGGGCGGGAUGGGCACUCACGCAAUAGGAGGCGGCCCAGGACAAGCACAGUACGGCGCAUACCAGAGCGGCGGCCUAUCAGUCCUCGAAGACUCGGACGACGGGGAUCACGAGAGAAUUGAUGAAGACAUGGAAGCGUACUAUGCCCAACACGACUACCAACAGCAUGUCCAUCAGCAUCAAAUGAUGCAGUCUCGAGGAAUGCAGUACCACGACGACGACGACGACGACAUGGACGACGAGGAUGUCGAGGACGAGGACAUGUACAGCGAGACGUCCGAGGAGAGUGUCCUUCCCGACGAGAACAUCGACUUUGGUCUCAUCUACGCACUGCAUACCUUCCUCGCCACCGUGGAAGGCCAAGCCUCUGUUGUCAAGGGCGACUCUCUAUUGUUACUCGACGAUGCCAACUCGUACUGGUGGCUCGUGCGCGUGCUCAAAACAGAGGACGUUGGUUACAUCCCAGCCGAGAACGUCGAAACGCCUUACGAGCGACUGGCGCGUCUGAACAAGCAUCGCAACAUUGACAUUGCGGCUGCGACAAGCGAAGACAAGGCCGCCCUACCCGAUGUACCGGUCAAGGAGAGCAAGUUGAAGAGCUUAAUAGGGUGGAAGCGGAGCCCACAAUUACAGGAGACCUCCUUUGACGACGACGACGACCCAGAGACACGUGCCAACCGCCGUGUAGUGUUCGCGCCGCCAACGUUCUUCGAGCACCCGGGCGUUACGUGGAGCGACGAUGAGGAGGACGAGGAGGAUGAUGACGAUACGCACAUCAUCGACGGCGGCGAGCCCGCAUCAUCAUCCCACGAGGUCGACGACGAGGACGUUCACGACCAGAUCAACGUUGACCACGAGCUCGGCUUCGAAGUAGAGCCCGAUGACGGGGUCGAGUGGGCCCAGGACGCGGUCGAGGCCCAGCGCAACGCUGCGCAGGUCACUGUCGUCGACACAUCAGCGCCUCUGGCGGUCCCCGCAGAGGUGGCUGCUGCUGCCGCUGCUAGCCCUACGGCCAGCAUGUCCGUCUUCGACACGAGCCUCGACGUGUCCUCGGAUGCUCACGGCUCGCUCGCUUCCGACAUGCCCUCUACGACUGAGACGGCGCAGUUUGGAACCGCCACCGUGGUCGCCGGCGUUGCUGGCGCGGCUGCCGGCGCUGCUGGUCUUGCCGCUCUUGGUUCGCAGCACCUCGGCCACACCAACGUCAACCAGCACCCGCCAGCUCCGGACCGCUCGCCAUCGCCGUCAGUAUCACACUCGGCUUUAUCCCGCACAAACCCCACACCUCCGCCGCACCGCGCGCCGUUCACCCCAUCACCCAUUGCCUCGGCCAGUCCCGAUUACAACCCGAACCAGUCGUUCACGGAGACGACCGAGACGCUGGCCAGCCCCUCGGCUGCUGCUCCAGCCUCGAGCGACCUCCACGCACCUUCCACCUCGGGACAGAUUGCGCCGUCGAGCACUGCUCCGUCCACGCCGCCUCGGUCAUCAUCACUGGGCCGUUCAGGCUCGCUCCAGUCGCCCCGCUCGUCCAACCUCACGUCGCCACCGCCGCUCCGGCCACCUCGCCGCGCCACGAUGCGGUACCAGGACGCGUUCGACAUUGCGCGUCUCAACACGAUUGUCCACGCUCGCGCCAAGGAGCUGAAGCGCACGACACCUGUGCCCAACCGCCGCGCUCCGCCGCAGAUGGACGCUGUCCAGCGCGUCUACUAUGGCGAAAAGGCCGAAAUGGACAACAUUCACCCCGACAUUCGCGCCUGCUUUGUGCAUGUCCUCGCCAAGAUGGACACCUUUGACCGAGAAAUUGACGAAAUCCUGGGCUCCCUAGUGCCCGCACACUAG